CUCGCCUCCCGCUCCCCGUAACGCGCCCUGCCUCGCACAAAGCAAUUGUUGCUUUUUGGGGGGGGACGUCGUUACACGUAAAAUCAUCUCCAGCACGGUUUCAGUUUGAGAUUGUGAGAGGGAGCCGGGAGAUGUGUCAGAGCUUGUUACUCCAGCUAAAUUAGGUAAUUUUUAGCUGGGUAACGUGCUAAUCUUUAAACCUUUAUGUUUUUAAAUCCUGCAUAUGUCUGGUCUCUUCAUACAAAAGUGUAUUUUGCUUGUUUCUUCUCGCCUUCUUCAGUCUGAAGCCUUAUGUAGGUCAGGCUUGGCUUAAGCAGAUUUCCUGAACCUGCGUCAGCUUAAGCUGAAGGAAUUUUAAUAAACCCUCCCUUGUAGGCGUGGGCCUAAAUGAGACUAGCCUAGUUAAGCCUGAUCUUUUUCUGUUUGUGAAAAAGAGCUGAGCAGAGCUAGGGACUGCAUGGUGGCUCCAGGAACGGCUUCCUUAAUUCAAAGAUAACAAUGGUUGGGAAGGCCAGAUCUUCUAAUUUUACCUUAUCUGAAAAGCUUGAUUUGCUAAAACUCGUGAAGCCGUAUGUUAAAAUUCUCGAGGAACAUACCAAUAAGCAUUCUGUAAUAGUGGAAAAAAACAAAUGCUGGGAUAUUAUAGCUGAUAACUACAAUGCCAUCGGAGUAGAUCGCCCUCCUCGUACUGCACAGGGCCUGCGCACGCUGUACAAGAGGCUCAAAGAAUAUGCCAAACAGGAGCUAUUGCAGCAAAAGGAGACUCACUCAGAUUGUAAAAGCAGCAUUUCCGAGCCAACCAAGAAAGUUGUGGAAAUGAUUCCACAGAUUUCCAAUGUGUGUUUAAGAGACAGGAGCGGUGUUCAAAGUGCUAGUAUCGAUAAAGAAACAAUUGCUGGCACCAGUUCACCACAGGCAAUGUUGGAUCACCAUCCUGCGACAGUCAUGAUGGACUUGCAGUCAGAAGAGGAUGUCAAACCUCCUCCUUCUCUGAUUAUAGACUCCCAGCAGAAUGAGAACUUAGAACAAGAGGAGGAACACCAGCUGGUGCAUAUUAUGGAAAGGUCUCCUUCAACAUCAGUGUCUUCAGUUGAUAUGAGAGUGAUGAUGUCUCCUUCCCCUGUACCGAGAAGAGAUGAGUUUUUUAGGCUUGAGGUUGGAGAACGCUUUAGACCAAUGUGUGGUUAUGACCCACAGAUGUUGCAAAUGUUGAAAGAGGAGCAUCAAAUAAUAUUAGAAAACCAAAGAAAAAUUGGUCUUUAUGUCCAAGAAAAAAGGGAUGGUUUGAAAAGAAAGCAGCAACUGGAAGAAGAACUGUUGCGAACAAAAAUCAAAGUAGAGAAGCUGAAGGCAAUACGACUACGCCGUGAUCUGCCAGAAUACAACAAUAUCUAAAUAUUUUAUUACUUCUGUCAUAUUCUUUGAAAUACUUAAUAAUAAAUGCAAAAUUGUUUCUUAUGUUAAUAUGGAUGAAUCAAAAUCUGGGCUUGAGACAUGAAAGCAUAUGUUGUUUAACAAGUACCUUAGAAAGAUACCUCGUGUGGGUUUGAAUGCACCAACUCUUCUGGUCUAAAGUAUAGUCAAAUCCAUGUUUAAGUGUUUAGAUUGAUAAAAAUCCAAACUUUAAAAACAUUUCCACUUAUCUCUAGAGUUUUGAUGAGCUAAUGGAAAUUUAAUUCAGUUCUUGUUAAAAAUUUUGGUCAUAUACAUUAUUUUUUCAAAUAAUCACCUUUAAUAUCUUAAUGAAGUUGCAGGUAAAUAAAUGCAUAUAAGAAGGAGAAAUAAGAGGCCAUGUUUAAAUGUUUUAUUAUUUUCAAGUUGGUAAAUCUUAUGACAGUAGUGACGUUUUGCUGAUAUAACAGCUUGGAAAACAAAAUUACUGGAUUGUUAUAUUUUUUUAAUGUUCAGUAGACAUUUGAAUAAAUGUACAUCUUUUUAAAAGUUGAUACUUUUUAAUUGUUUCCAGUGGAGAAGUGUUUCCAUAGGAUGUUAUCAAAAGAGAGAUAGUGAAUGCAACACUUGGUUUUUAAAACUGCAUGCAUGUGUAAUUUGUGUGUACAGUUACCAUGAUUGUGUAUUCAGUUAUAGUAAUUAUACUGGUGAUCAACCAUAUAAAUAUCUACUUUGCUCAUUUGCAUGCAUAAUUACUGCAGUGCAUGUGCAACCAAGACAGUUGCAGGUGCCUUUGAUCAAUAUCACUAUGACUAUAAGCUACUGAAAUAAAAUAGUUUCUGUAUGUAAGUAACAUGUGACUUGAAAUCAACAGCAGAUUGUGUUAUUCUGGGUCCCUUUUAUAGAUCCUGUUGUUCCCAUCUUUCGAUUAGUUUCAAAUAAAAAGCCCCAAAUGAAAACAAAAUUGAUUCUUCUGUCUGUCCUGGUAGCAGCUGUUUCCUCUGUAGUUAUGAUCAACUUUAAUAACUGGAAGAAAAAUACAUGAAAAAUAUCAGUCCCAGAUGAUUAAUUUCUUCAUAAUUCUUAGUCUCCUGCCUCUUGUGAAUGUAUCCACAGCUGCCUUAGACCUCUGGCUCCUUAUUCCCUGUAACA